CAAGAAUAUUUAUCCACGCUUUGAUGUUGUUAUAAUUCCAUAGGAAUAUGAUAGUACACAAAACAAAUUAAUUUCUUAUUAGUGAUAUGGAUGGGAUUGCAUUGUGGACUUUUGUGAGAAAUUAUUACAAUUGAUAUAUAUGUGCCACGCAAAACAAAAGGCUUUAGAUGACUCCUAAUGCUGCCCUGAAAUUGGUGAGGAUCUAGAUUAAAAAAACUAAAAAAAAACUGAUGAUAAUGGAAAAAGUUAAUAGAAAACGAACUGCCGGAGAAAUGGAAGGAACCUCCCACAUGAUGGUCGUGAGUGUCGGAGGAAAGGUUUUGUCUCCGGGCAUGCAAGUGUUUUCAGUGCCAGCAACACAGUGCCAGCAAUUACCUGUUAUUACUGCAGUGCCAGAAAUCGAUUCUUCUUCAAAUGUGGCCGUGCAGCUUGAGAAUGCAACUUCCGAUAUACAAGCAAGUGAUGCUGAUGUCCCUCUUAUUGAAGCCCGGUUUGAGGCAAAAGACGAUCACAAUUAUGGAAAUGAGAUGCACGCACCUGCAUCUUUAGAUCAUGUAAUGUGGAGUGAUGACGCUGUGUUUUACUUGUGUAAGAGAGUGAGACACCACCACAAUGAACUUGCAAAGAGUGAAGGAAAUAAAUUUACAAUGAGAAAUAUCCUAGAAGCCGUUUACAAGGAUAUGAGAGAAAGAAAUUAUAGCUUUACAAGUGCACAGGUUGAGACCAAGUGGUAUACUCUUAACACAGUUUACAUGAGAAAUCUGAAGAAGAUGAUGAAUAAGGAAACAGUUAGAUGGAAGUUUUUUGAUGUUAUGAAUGAUCUCAUUCAUAUCACAUCCAAGUCAAAAUCUCAACAGAGUGCCAGGUCUUCCCAUAAACAGUCAAUUUCUUGUGAAGAGUCUCUACCUGACGCACAUGGAAAGGAUGUAGAAACUCAAAGAAUUGCCAAUGAAGAUGAAAAGGACCUCAAAAUUGAUAAACUGAUUGCAGCCAGAGAACAGUCUAUAUCGAGAGUAGACAAUCAGUUUACUCAAGCACAUGAACUUGAGAAAGCAAGGUUCGAGAAUGAAAAGGUUGUAAGGGCUGAAGUGUCUCAACUCAGUAAGGAAGUUUCUGUGUUAAAAAAGAUAUGUGUCGAGCAAUUGAAAGUACAGAAGAAUACGGAAAAGCUAGUUGAAAGGAUAGCUGUAGCUAUGGAAAGAUUUAUUGAGAAAAGUUCAAAAUCGGAGUAAUGGACAGUACUCUGAUCAUAAUUUGAUAUACAUUUUUGUAUAUAGGUGCAUUUUGAUUUUUUGCUUUAUUAUUGCUGCUUUUAUUUUAUUAAAAAGAAAAAGAAAAUUAUGAUAUUGAUUACCAUUUUCCUCUUUUAGCUGCUUGUUUCAGGGUUGUUAUUGCCAAUUAUUUAUCUCCAUUUGACCCUGUUCUCUGCAUCUUUCUCCAACCACCUGUCCUCCCUAACUAUAUCCACAAACACCUCUCUACCUUCCUUUUCUCCUGCUUGAUGUUAUCAU